UGGGUGGCCAAUGAUGAGAACUGCGGCAUCUGCCGCAUGGCCUUCAACGGCUGCUGCCCGGACUGUAAGGUGCCCGGCGACGACUGCCCCUUGGUGUGGGGCCAGUGCUCGCACUGCUUCCACAUGCACUGCAUCCUCAAGUGGCUGAACUCGCAGCAGGUGCAGCAGCACUGCCCCAUGUGCCGGCAGGAGUGGAAGUUCAAGGAGUGACGGUGCCCCGGGCUGCGGUUCGGCCUCCGGCUCCCCUCUCCCUGCGGCCUGGAGCAGCAAAGCGUUGGCGCGGCAUCGCGCGUGUGCCAGGCACUCGCAGGGAGACCAAGCAGGCACAGGCCGGGCCUCAACACGCUCCGACUUCCCGCAGACACAGAGCAGUUCCCGGCUGCCGUGAGCAGUGCGGAUGUGGCUACACGUCUAACAUGUUCCCAACAUUCGUGCCAGGACCCCAACCGUAGGCAGUGGUGUCCACACAGCACCUCUUCCCUCCGUGCAGCCCGAGCUGGUUGGCUUUUCCUCUGCCCUGUGCCUCGUGCCUGUAGGGUCUGUGCAGCCCCCACUCACCUGGGCGAAAGGGCAGCAGGACAAGGUGGAUCCCGUAUUGACCUUCCCGUGGCAGCCAUCAGUGUCUCCACGAAUAUGCGAGUCCUUGUUUGGGCACUGAACAUGGACACCCCCGUGCCUGACGUUUUAGGCGCUGCUACUGCUGGCUCAGCUCUGCCCAGACCCAGACAGGAACGUCUUGUUCAAACGUGCCAGGAGGCCGAGUGAGUUUAGCUGAACCUUUCCCCUGCCUGUGCCCUGAAAAGCCCUCUCAGGCCUGGCCUGACUCCACCUUCCUCCGGCCUCUGGGAGGGCUCUGGUAGCAGCUGCCUCAGGCUGUUCCUCCUGUGCCUCCAUGAGUGGGCAUCCCAUGUGCUGUUCCCUUGAUCAAAUGCUCUCACAUCCUCUCAGCUGCUGAAGGUUUCCUGGUGCUGCUUGUCACUCUGCAUCCAAGCAGGCUGCUCCCAUGUGUAAGCAGCCGUGGGAGGCUGUUGGCUCUGUUAGCAAGAGCGCCAAUGCUGCCGUGACCUGGAGGGUCAGGGGCUGCAGGCUGGGCACGCUCCUCAGCAGCAGCAUCCUGCGCUCUCUGAGUCUCGGCCGCCGGCCUGAUGAGACCUGCUCCUUGCAGGCAGCCUCCAAGCAGCAGCAGCGUCGGCUAAUUUCCAGCUGCGACGUGUCGGUACGUGGAUUGGUUUCAAUAAACCCUGGGCUGUGA